AGACUCCAGAUUCAAGUCUUGACCUCGACGCACGUCGACCAUCGACGCGUUUCAGCACUGCGAAACCUCGCUUCAAGCACCAACGCGAACGGCUUGCGCUUCUUGCACACACAGCAUCCAGCGGCAGCGUCGGUGCCACUGCAUACGUUGGCUGCGCGCGCGCGUCACACAGCUCCCUGCCGUGCCUGCGGUGGGCACGCCUACGGCACAGCGCCUCCCUUCCUCGACCACCAGUUCGAAGCCAUGUCCUCAACGCCAAUGGACCUCGAUCGGCCCGAGCGCGGCGCCAAUGGACUCAAUAUCCAGAGGACACUCGGCGGCAACCCGUCUGUCUCGAAUCUCAGCGAUGUCAUGUCGACGUUUCGGCCCACAAAGCUGCUGCGGCGCGACGACAUCAAGGACGGACGCCCUCAGCCCUAUGUCCUGUCUAUAGACUACGACGAUGAUGGCGAGCUUCUCAUGACAUCAGCCAGCGACGAGACAAUCCAGAUCUACAAUGUUCGCGAGGGCCGACACGAGAAGAGCCUCCUCAGCAAAAAGUACGGCGUCAAGCUGGCCAAGUUUACGCACACGAGCUCGAGUAUAAUAUACGCUAGCACCAAGCAAAACAACGCCAUUCGCUAUCUCGCCACGCAUGAUAACUCCUUCAUUCGUUACUUUGAGGGCCACGAGGGCACCGUCACCUGCCUCGCGGUACAUCCCGGCAGCGACAACUUCAUCUCAUGCUCCCACGACAACACGGUGCGCCUUUGGGACACGCAGACCAAGCACUGGCAAGGCCAGCUGCAACUGCGGAAUCCUUCCCUCGCCGCCUACGACCCCUCCGGGACCGUCUUUGCCGUUGCUUGCCCGAGCAGCGGAACCAUACUCCUCUACGACGUGCGAAACUACGACAAGGCGCCCUUCACCACCAUCGACAUCAUGGAGCAGUGCCGCGCCAUUGACACGCAAUAUCUGGCUAAGGGGUGGACCAAACUCGACUUCUCCAACGACGGAAAGUCUCUACUUCUCGGCACGAAGGGCAGCGGACACCUGCUGCUCGAUGCCUUCGAAGGCUCUCUCAAGGCGUACCUGCACAAGCCCUCGGGGGGCACGAGGCGGCAGGCUCCUGGGGAGACGGCAGGUCUGGCUAAUGGCACCGCCGCCACUGACCCAGGCAACUUUGAUAGCAGCGGCGACUGCUGCUUCGCUCCAGAUGGGCGUUUCGUCAUCAGCGGCACCCGGCAGGACGUGCUCGUCUGGGACACGUUGAGCCACCCGCCCGAAAACAGAAUACUCGAACCGACGUGGACCCUGCCGGACAAGCGGGAGGCCGCCGUCGUUGCUUUCAACCCCCGCUUCAACUUCUUCGCCACAGCAGAUCAGGACCUGGUCUUUUGGUUGCCGGACCCCCAUAGUUAGAGACCGUGAGCGACCGCCGCGGUAGAGGCCUUGACAUACGGGUUUGUGGCGCUUUGGAGUUUUGGUUAGAGGGCACUGCAUGACAGUGCAUUCGAAUAGGCAUAUAUACCCUUUGGUCGAAUAUAAGACUGGUUGGCUCG